AUGCGCGCCGCCGCGCGCCCGCGUCGCGUCGCGCCGCCGCCGCCCGGCGCGCGCCGCGCGCGCGCGCGCUCGCUGCCGAAGCUCUACGUCCCCGGCGACGCGAUGGGCGGCGAGAGCGCCGAGGCCAAGGCGGCGAAGACGCUGCGCCGACUGUUCACGUUCGUCGCGAUUCGCGUCGUGCAGAGCCACCUCGAGGGCGCGGGAAACGACGGAGGAUUCGCGCCGCAGGUCACGGGGCGCGACGGGACGUGCAUGUGCCCGGAUUACGACGACCUGCGACGCGCGAUGGAGGGCGUGCCGCUGGGCGAUGGGGACGAAUGGUUGGACGCGUUCUUCGGGACGAAUCCGGAGGUGGCGCUGCGGAUUUGCGCGUGCAGGGAGACGUACAUGGAGGAGUUUGAUUACGCGCGCGCGAAGACGUUGGUGGAGGAUAUGAUACGCAAAGGGAACGCGCAGUUGAUGAAACGACACGCGACGAGGAGCUUUGGUUUAGAGGGUUCGGGAGACGAGCGAGAGACGUCGUGA